AUGACCGAGCCUGCACGCCGGUGGUAUCACUGGUUCUCGCCCAGCGAUAGUCCCGAGGAACGCAAGCUGAUCCUAAAACUGGAUCUGCUCAUUGUUCCCUAUGCUUUCAUCCUCUACUGGGUCAAGUAUAUGGACCAGACCAACAUCAAUAAUGCAUACGUAUCAGGAAUGGCCGAUGAACUCGGCUUCCAUGGGAAUGAGUUGGUUCAGUUCCAGACCAUCUUUGUCGUGGGAAACGUGGUCGGCCUGCUGCCGUUCAUCUACCUGUUCCCCCGAGUACCGAUGCACAUUCUGGUGCCGACCCUCGAUUUAGGAUGGGGACUGUUCACUCUGCUCCAGUACCGCGCCCAAAGCUAUGGUGAGAUCAUGGCCUACCGGUUCAUGGUAUCUUUGUUCGAGGCCUCGUACUUCCCUGGCGUUCACUUCGUUCUUGGCUCCUGGUACCGAAGCGAUGAGAUCGGUCGCCGGGGUGGCACAUUCUACAUCGGCCUCACGCUCGGCACCCUCACGGCGUCCCUCCUCCAAGCCGCGGCAACGACCUACCUCGAGGGCGUCCACGGCCUACGAGGCUGGCGCUGGCUCUUCAUCAUCAACGCCAUCAUCACCCUCCCCCUGGCCUUCAUCGGCUACUUCAUCUGGCCCGGCACGCCCGCCAAACCAAACAGACUCGUGAUGAAAAAGUCCGAACUCGACCUCGCGCGCUCGCGCCUCGAAAAGACAGGCAGCUCUGUCAAAAGCACACCCUUCUCCCUCAGCCUCCUCAAGCGCGUCUUCACCAACUGGCGCUUCUACCUCCUCGUCCUAUGGGACGUCUUCUUCUUCAACACCAGCUCCAACAGCGCAGCCUUCCUCCUGUGGAUCAAGAGCCUGGGGCGCUACAGCACCGCGGAGAUGAACAAGCUCAACGCCAUCAGCCCGGGCCUAGGCAUCUUCUUCGUGCUGUUCAUCAACUUCAGCGCGGACCUGUGGAUCGGCAGGCCCGCGGCCAUCACCCUCGCCUCGGCGAUCAACUUCACCGGGCUUGUCAUCCUGGCGGCCUGGAACGUGCCGGAGGCGGCGAAGUGGUUCGCCUUCAGCACGUCGUACUCUGCGGUGGCCGUGUCCUCGGUGCUGUACGGCUGGGCGAACGUCAUUCUCAAAAACAACAUUGAGGAGAGGGCGUUGACGCUGAUUCUGAUGACGGCGAUCGCGACGUCGACGAAUGCGUGGAUCCCGCUGUUUGUCUAUCCCACGGUCGAGGCGCCGAGGUUCCCGAAGGGAUACGUCUAUUCUGCGGUGAUGGUCGUGUGUUUGGUGGUUACGACGCAGGUUGUCAGGGUGUUGUUGGGGACUCAGGGGUAA